GAUCUCCCCCGUGAACGUGAAGCGGCCGCAGAUAUGUCUCUUCCGCCGCCGCCUCCGCCACUGCCAGCUGGGGCUAUUCACCCGCCAGCACCGCUUGCCCAUCCUCCUGCUCCCACUCCGCUUAUGGUCCUGCCUCCAAUCAAGAAGCCAGAGCCUCGUUGCAUAAUCUGCACCGAAGAGCUCGCCGUUGAAAAGCCCGCUGGACCUGCCGUUCGCCCAUGCCGUCUCUGCCACAGCGACUACUGCAAGAGCUGCGUGAAAGGCAUGUUCAUUAAAGCAUGCAAAGACACUACUAGAAUGCCCCCGAAAUGCUGUAUCAUUCUCCAGCUCCACGUCGCGCUCCCCAUGCUCUCUCCCGAUGAAGCCAAACAGUACAGGGAGAAGUAUGAAGAAUGGAGCACGCCAAACCCUAUGUACUGCCCUAUCCCGACGUGUUCUGCUUUCAUUUCGAACCGACUCUUGCCUGUUGCCCGACCCGAAACUACGAAGAAAGGCAAGGCACGGGUUGACUCCGUUAUUGGUACGCCAAAGGAGAUACACGUGUCAUGUCCGAAGUGUACCAAUGACGCCUGUACCAAAUGUCGCCAGCCAGCUCACCCUGGAGCUCCAUGCCAAGUACUCGAUUUCGGCGUCGACAAGGAGACUGCCACAGCUCUCAAGCGAUGGGGCUACAAACAAUGUCCCAAAUGCAGAAAUGGUGUCCGGCGCAUGAUGGGAUGUAACCAUAUGCAAUGUCUGUGUGGUGCCCAAUUCUGCUGGUGGUGUUUAGUGCCCAUGGAUGAGUGCGGAGGCAACUGUUUCGAGCCGGAGGAAGAAGAGAACGAUGACUACGACGCCGACGAAAUCGAAGAGCUGGAGCGUGACCGAGCGACCAAAGCACCUUUGGAGGGUGCGGAUGCGACACCACUCGUACCGCUUGUUGUUGCAGGGACUGUGAAUGGACGGGCUAUUAAUUUGGAUAUCGCCUCGAACGAGUACUGGGAUGCGCGAAACGCAAACUUUGGAUCGGAGCCAGCUGAAGAGCCGCCUGAUCGAGCCUGGCAAUGUGAACAUCGUCUCGAGACUGCGAAGGUCGACUUCGAGCAGCGCCUGAAGGAGGAAUAUCAAAUUUCAAACAUGGAAUGUUCGCGUUGCUGGGCGAACAUCUACCCCGAAAUCACCCUGCCAAAAAAAAUGGGCAACUCUGGGAAGGUACGCAUGGUUGGAGGCUACCGCCGCCCUGAGGAAUCUAGGGCUCGGGUCAGAGAUCGAGGAUCGCGUCGUGAACGCGCGCUCGGUCGAGCCUACACCUUGCUGGGAACAGGACACGGCAAUUCAGGCCUGCAAUGGCAUCCCGAUCGUGUUCUGGGUGAUCUGGUGGCUGGGAAUGCCUCUGAUCCUGCAGAACGGUCGAUGUCUAUUGCCGAAGACUCCGGGUCUACGAGCUUAUAUCCGCCUGUAUCUGCGAACUCUGCUUCGACGACGCUCUCGACAUCAGCUCCACAGAAGACGAACGCGUUUCCAACCGAGUUCACGUUCCGUUCCGAGAUCAAGUAUCCUCCUUUCAGCUUCGCGUACGAGUGCGGAUACUGCGGCAUCCUACUAUGCAAUCCUUGCAAGGAAGCUAUUGAGAAGGAGGCGCAGGAUAAGCUAGAGGCAGAGGCGGCGGCAGAGGAAGAGGAACGAAAGGAACGAAAGGAACGAGAGCUGGCUGCCAGCAAUGCAGCAACAGUGAACUCCGCAGAGGGCAGCUCCACAGACCCACAGGCUGAGACAAAUGGAACGCCAGCCCAGCCCACAACCUCUGAACAAACGACGACACCAUUGGUGCUUAUUCCUUCUGAGGCGACUCCUCAGCAAACAGACAAUCAACGGCAAACCUCCGAGCCAAGUUUGCCCGCCCCCUCGGUUGAACCAACGACUACUAGCCCAGAUCAGUUAUGAGAUGUUGCGGUGAAGGAGCUUAGCGGAAUGGUAUAAGCAGCAGCGGUUCAAAACCGCUACCGGAUCUAGAGGAACGACGAGGACGACCUAUAAAACGGGUUUAUGUACAAUCUAAUGAGUAAGAACGGCUUUCUUCCCCAUGUCUUGUUUCUUUCAUCCACCAUGCCGGCGAGGAGUUGUGGAGUUAUGAUUCCUUACUUCUUUCUAAUUUUAUGAGGUCAUGAAUUUCGGUUACUGGCAGACGAAGGCGUGGUAUCGCUCGCCUUUCUCCUUUCUCUCAAUUACAUUCGGCGCUAGCGUUGGCGUUAUAGGUGCGUCUAUAUUUAGCAUAGCAUGUUUGUAAUUAUGUGACUCUGAGACAGAAGUGCGAAUUAAUUCCGGUUUGGAUUCAAUUCCCUUCGGACGCGAU